AUGCCUGAUCACCAAAUUUCCGCGUCCGUGCGCAUCAACUACACAAUCCACGCCCCAACGACGACCACCACCACCACCAAACCGUGGGUCGUGCUGAUAAACGGCCUCGCUGAUCCACAGACGACGUGGGCCGCGCAGGUCCCGGCCUUCACGCGCGCGGGGUACACGGUGCUCACGUACGACAAUCGGGGGGUGGGGCUGUCGUCGCGUCCGGAGACCGACGACGAGGUCUACACGGCCGAAACCAUGGCGGCGGAUCUGCGCAGCCUGGUCAAGGCGCUCAACUUGCACACCGCCGCGCCGUACCACGUCAUGGGCGUCAGUAUGGGCGGGAUGAUCGCGCAGACCUACGCGCUGCUCUAUGGCGGGGUCGAGGGGGCGUUGUCUGGGCCUGGUGUGAAGAGUGAAGGGAAGAGCGAAAUCGCCAGCCUCACCCUCGCGUGCACGUACGCCGCGCCGGGCCCCUUCUGCGGCAGGAUGUUCGCGCUGUGGCGCGACAUGGCCCGGCGUAUGUCUAUCGCCGACGUGAUGCGCGACGUCGCCCUGUGGGCCUUCACACCGGCCUUCUUCACCGACCCGGCCACCCGGGAUGACGUCGCUGCCAUGGAGGCUGAGAUGGCCCGGAUCGAUAGCGACAUGGGCCUACGGGCUUAUCUCGCCCAAUUGAACGUCAUUACCGGGUUUGACACCAAGGCCUCUGUGGGACAAUUGGGAGAAACGACGUCGGGGAUGGAGGUCAUCGUGCUCGCGGGUGAGGGCGACAUCUUGAUUCCCGUAUCGCUGUCGAAGGAGCUGCACGCCCUCAUCCCAGGAAGUCGCUUCCGGACCACCAGGGGAGGUCACGCCUGUAUGUGGGAGUUCUCGGACGAGUUCAACCAGGCGUGCCUGGAAGAGUGGAGAGACGCGGAAGCCAGGAUCUGGCCCACUAACAAGUCGUGA